CGGACGGGGACGCUGUCGACCUGCAGUACGCCGCCGGUUGCAGCGGGUGGGCACCAGGCCGUUUAGCGCGGUGUACGAGACGUAUUUUCUCGGUAGGGCCGGUAGAUCGGUGCGACUGCGGUCCGGCGGCGACGGCGCGCGACGAGCCACCGACGCUGGGACACCACGUGGGCAGACAGUUCUCCGCGUGUCGCCGUUCCGGUGUGUCGCGAUUGCCCGCUCACGAGAGUCGACGGCGCCGUAACCACAUUCGGCGGCAUAAUUUUGUUCCCUUAUUAUAAUAUUAUAUUAUUUUCGAUGUCGUGAUAAGUCCGUGGAAAUAAUAAUAAUAAUAAAAAAAAAAACCGAUCGUUUCGAUAGUGAUAAUCCAGUGGUAUCUCUACCGUGAUCGUGCGCAGACCGAAAUAUUAUUAUUGUUUCGUAGAAAGUUAUUGUAAUACGAACCGUGAGCAAGGAGGGAUUUUCGGGUACCUGCUCGGAUCGCGUUUUAUCGGGAAAACAAAUAAAAUGGACCGUUGUGAUGCAAAAGCCAACAGAGACGGACGUUAGACUGCUAGAUUGUCGAAACAAAAAAUAGUGAUAAAACCGAGGGCAACAGCAUAUACACAGAUGGGGUUCAUCACUAUUGUCUUAUUAUAUUGCUUGUCAAGUGCAACAGGUCACUUGAAUGUGUUCAUCAGUCAAAAAGAAGUCAAAAGGAUUAUGGGUCUAUCAUCUGAACUGUAUUAUGUUCGUGAUGGAGUUGUGAAUACAUACGCGAUGAAUUUUGAAGUACCAGUUCCUGCGAACAUUGGUGAACUUGAAUUUUGCUGGCAAUCGUUGACUCGACAUUCGUUACCGUACACGUGGAAUGUGGAGUCCAACAAUGGCAUAGCUAUGAAAAAACCGGAACUGGACAUCCCGGAGUCGGGAUGGGUACCCUCUCACGUCCAAGUGUUCCGGCUCAAGUUGCCGUGCACGGGUGUAGUGAGCUCCGAGGUGCAUGUUCUGCUCACUAUCAACAUAACCGCUGUUAAUAAAAAACACGGCGACGUGUCACUGGUAUUUCACCGGAACAAGAUAUGUCUGAAAACCACCGACAUGCUCUUGGACUCACGAAUCGGCAAGGAUGCUUCGCUGGAGACCAACCUGAUUGACGAAUUGCCGCCCAGCCAACAGCAACAGCCUCCAAAGUCUCCAGCACAACCACCACUGCUGUCGUCACGAUCACAGCCCGACAACGAUCACAACAACGACAAAACAUUGAUAAUUCAACCUUCGCAUAGUGGGACGGCCGGCUCUGUGCAGGUCGCAACUGCUGUGACGACUACUGGCGGUGGAAAUACCGCAUUGACUUCGCCUAAACAUGGCGACGAAGCUCCUGAAGAGUUAGUACCCGCGCACGGUGCGUUCUUCUUUGCACUCGGUUGUGGGUCUGCGCUCAUAGUCACUCUUGUGGCCGUCACGUUCGCCCUGGCUUACAAGCGCACCAACAAGUCGUUGCUUAUCAGAUCUAAAUCUAAGGAGACAUUGCAUACCAGUUAUACUAGUGCCGCUUACGUGGCCAACCCCAACGUUUUGGUACGCGUAGGCUCGGUGACUAGUACCAGCGGUACUUAUGCGACCAUCAGAAGCGUGCGGAAAACAGCUGCUUCGAUGACAGAAGACGAUCUCCCAAGUCAUUGUGCAAGCGGCGGAGUUGCCGGAAACAAAGUCAGUAGCCACGUGUCGCCAUACGCCACCAGCUACGUGGCGACGGCACCAGGAAGUAAUAAUUAUCACGUCUACUCGAAACCAGCGUCGCCUACGCCAUCCAAAAUAUCAUAUUACGCUUGCACGCCAUUGAUGGCCGUUAACGAUCGGAGAAUGUGUGAUGACUUGGAUGAGCGUAUACGCCAGCUGGAUUCUCGAGGCGCUACGGUCAAGUUGGAAAGACUUCUCCAGGAAGGCGCUUUCGGUAGGGUAUAUCAAGGCACGUAUAAACACAAUGGUGGUGGAUCUCAGGAAGUGCUCGUCAAAACCGUUACAACUGAUGCUGCAACUCAACAAAAUAAACUGUUUUUAACUGAAAGUUUGAUGUUGCAUGGUUUACCGGGUCAUGUAAACAUAUUACAACCAAUAGCUGUGUGUCAGUACUCAAAUAAACCAACUGCGAUAUUAUAUCCGUUCAGUAACAAAGGAAAUCUUAAAAAGUUUCUAUGCGAUUGCAAAAGGAAAAAUAAUGACUACUACAACUUAACCACAAAAGACAUUGUUAACAUGGCUGUACAGCUCUGCUUAGGUAGUGUAUUCCUUCACAGCCAAGGUAUCUGUCACAAGGACAUAGCUGCUAGGAAUUGUGUCGUGGACGAAAAAUUGCGAGUAAAAUUAACCGAUAGCGGAUUGUCUAGAGACUUGUUUCCCGAUGAUUAUUCAUGUCUAAACGACAACGAAAACAGACCCAUCAAGUGGAUGGCCCUUGAAAGUAUCACUUUGCGCACCUAUAACGGUGCCUCAGAUAUAUGGUCAUUUGGUGUUUUGCUCUGGGAACUUGUGUGCUUAGGUGCUCAGCCCUAUUCAGAAAUUGAUCCGUACGAUCUGAGCCUUUACCUACAAGAAGGAUACAGGCUAUCGCAACCAAUCAACUGCCCAGACGACCUGUUUGGGAUGAUGACAUUCUGUUGGCUACCCAGCCCGGAGGAACGACCAUCAUCCGCUCAAGUAUUGGCAUGUUUACAGGACUUCCAAAAAACUCUUAACCAGUUUAUCUAAAAUAAACUUUCCCUCAUUUUACUAUUUAUUAUUUUUAUAUAUAUAUAUUGUUAAAAAUGUUGAUGUACAUUAAGUUACUUACGAUAUACGAUUAGAGGUGCUAUGUAUGUAAGCGUUGAAUAUUAUUUUGAAGAAAACUGUUUUUUUACGGACAACGACAAAAAUAAAUGGAAAAUCACAGAAUGUUUCAACAUGAUGAGAACUUAAACUGCCAUUUAUUACAUAUUUAAGUAAAACAGUUCAAUUAUUUAAACUUUAAACAUUUGUACGUAACUAUUAUAUACCUUUAUGUGUACAUUUUUUUAACUGCAUGAACAGAAAAUAUAUGUUUUUUGAUGUUUUUAUUAA